GGACAACUUCCGAUCGUGGACCAGCUCCCGGAUGUCCGCACACACAAUGAUAAGGAGACAGGAAACACCAGCCGGUUCAGGGUCAGCUGUGCAUGUUAGAUCCAGAAAGGAGGUGAUGAUUUACGUGUAGUAAUGAGCUAAUAACGUGUUCGAGGGACUCUAAUCAGAUGUCAUAGUUUUGAGACAGUGAUUCAUUACCAAGUAUCACGACAUCAAGAGACUCUAUCGCGGAAUAAGGGGUUUGAUCACAGUAGAUCUGUAAACAUGUCCUUAAAACUGACCACUCAAGCGUACUGUAAGAUGCUGCUACAUGCAGCUAAAUACCCUCACUGCGCCGUCAACGGGCUGCUGGUGGCUGAGAAACACAAAAAGAAGGACAGCCCUAGAGACUCAGUUUUGUGCGUGGAUUGUGUACCGCUGUUCCAUGGGGCUUUGGCGUUAGCCCCCAUGCUGGAGGUGGCACUCACAUUGAAAUCAAGACUCAUCAGACCAGGCAACAUUUUUCCAGUCUUCAACUGUCCAAUUUUGAUUGAUGCAUGGUGCAAAGAGAACAAGUAUGUCAUUGCUGGCUAUUAUCAAGCAAAUGAGCGUAUAAAGGAAGCCAGACCAAACCAGGUGGCUGAGAAGGUCGCUGCCAGAAUCUCAGAAAACUUCAGUGAGGCUGCAAUGAUCAUGUUGGACAACAGCAGAUUCACAAUGGACUGUUUUGUGCCUGUUCUCUUCAUCUAUGAUCAUCAUGAUAACAAGUGGAAGUGCAGAGAGCCAAGCACUGACUGCUUUGAGGAUUGGAUAGAGGCACAAAAGAUCACAGCGGCUCUUCUAGAAAGCAAAUCAUACGAGAGUCUUGUAGACUUUGACAACCAUCUGGAUGACUUACGAAAUGACUGGACCAACCCUGAGAUCAAUAAAUCUGUCUUGCAUCUAUGCUGAAGCCAUCCAGAGAUCCUGUCCACCUAACCAAACCAUUAGUGCUUAAAUGGGAAGCAUAUCCGGCUAUGGCUGGAUAAUCAGUACUGUUUGUGACAUGCUCUCUCACUGAGCAGAAAGAUUUAUGAAUGGAAAUGGAUCAUUGUAUGUGCUGCAUCCUCAUGUUUGAAAACACUGAGAUGACUCCAGGAAUCUGAUGUCAAAUAGGUUUUAUACCCAUUUUCAUGCGAUAACUUGUAUAAGACUCAAUUGUACAAUUUUGAAUGCUAUCGGACUAGUUUUAUUUAACUUAACUAAUUGAUAACUAUGAAGAUUUCCCCCCUUUUUUGGUAAAAUUCUUUUCAAUUAUAGGUAUGGUUAUUUACUUUUCUUAACUACUUGAAUUUCUCAAAUGAAAAUAUUUUACUUCAGUUUAGAAAUUAAUAUUUUGAUUUAUAAGAUAAAAGAUUGCUUUUAUGUUUGCAGGAGACUAAUUAUGAUUUGCUAGUGGUGUAAGAAAAAAUAUUAUUUGGCUCAGAUUUUCAGUAAAUAAAGGACUAGACUUUAGGUAUGAGGUCUUUAUUAUUGUAAAGUUUAAUAAUAAAAAAUUUAAAAGAAAAAUAAAUAAAUAAAACAUUCUUGCUUUUCCAAAUGACUUUAAGCAAAUUUCUCAGAAAGUUCAGCUGGCUGUAGUGCAGUAGAAUAAAAGCAAAACAUAUCAUUACACUUUGUGUCUGAAGAAGUUUGACUGUUAAAUUUAACAGUUAAGGUUAUGAACUACCUGCGUGAACAUAAGCAGAGCUGAGUAGUAACUGAUCACGUCAUGUGGAUUACGAAAUCAGAUUCCAAAAAUUAAGUAUUUGUAAUCACAUUGUUACAUAACACUUAUAAUCAGAUAGCUGUGAAAUACUGUGUCUUCGUCAUAUCCAGUGACCUUCAUUUAUUGUUGAUUUUAGAAAUCUGGACAAAAAUUAUUUCAAAUCUGAAAAGGAUAAGAAUAACAUUUACAUUUAUGCAUUUAGCAGACACUUUUAUCCAAAAAGACUUACAGUGCAUUCAGGCUAUAAUUUUUUAUUUUUUUUAUCCGUACCAUUUCAGUGGCAAAUGUCACUCUCCACAUCAAAGUGGCUUUAUUAAUGGUUGUAUGUACGUUUUUUUUUUUUUUUUUUAUUUUUUUUUUUUUUUU